AUGGCGGACGUGUCCGGCAAUGCGUUGAAGCGUCCUCACCCCGAGGACGAGGACAACAACACGCAGAAGAGAUCUCGCUCGAACCAUGGCUCUCCAUUACCCGCACAAGGGUCCUCAACCUCUGGCAAGGUGGAUAUUGAGAGGAUGGUGGCGGAAGCAAGAGCAAAGGCAGAGGCUGUACGCGCUCGCCUUCAGGCUGCAAGAGGAGGCACUCCGACCUUAACCCCAGCGGCAUCCAGUCCCAGCCCGACUCCUCCUGCGCCUAGUCCAGCAAUGUCCAAAUUGGAACAGAUGAAAGCUAGAGUGGCAGCCGCUACCGGAAGAGCCACCGCCGCAGCUCAGCAACGGACCGUCGCUCCUACUCCUACUCCUCAACCUCCUCCGUUCGGUGAUGAAGACGAUGGCUCAUCGCGUGCUCGUGGUGGCUUAGAUGUUGGCUUGCACCCGGCUUUGCUUUCGGACACGAUUGAGUUCCGAGGCGGAAAGGGACGGCAAUCCGUGCAGUCCAGGAAUCGUCGUACUGAGUCUCCGGCCAUCGGUGGGAGACAAGACCGUGCAGGGCUGGACCUCUCCGGGCCUUCGGUGGAAGAAAUCAAGAACAACCCAUACUUCGAUCCUAGUCUUGGUCCAAAGGCUACGGUGGCAAAGCCAAGAGCCUCUCGACAGCUUAUCUUCAACCAGAAAGGCAAAUAUAUACAACAGGCAGCGGCGCUUCGGCGUCAAGCGCAGCUGGAGGCUAUGAAAAAGCGCAUUGCGGAGAGGGCACGACAGGCGGGUAUCGACGAAGAUCUGGAUGUUGAGAAGGCAUUCCUUGUGCCUGCUCCACCAGCACUUGAAUGGUGGGAUGAAGGACUCGUGAAUGGGGACAGUUACUCGGCUAUUGACGAUGAGCGGAACAUUAAGAUCGACACCCCGGACUCCAUCGUGACGGUCUACGUUCAGCACCCUGUGCUUCUCGAUCCUCCUCAAGAUAAACUUAUGCCGGCACAAAAACCUAUGUACCUGACGCCGAAGGAGCAAGCCAAGAUCCGCCGCCAGCGCCGCAUGGCAGAUCUGAAGGAACAGCAAGCAAAGAUUCGUCUGGGACUUGAGCCCGCUCCGCCGCCGAAGGUGAAGAAAUCGAAUCUCAUGCGAGUCCUGGGUGAACAGGCUGUCAAAGAUCCCACGGCUGUUGAAGCCCGGGUCACAAAGGAGAUUGCUGAACGCCGUGCCAAUCACGAAGCCGCCAACGAGGAACGUAAAUUGACCAAGGAACAACGACGAGAAAAGCUUGCUCGACAACAAGAACAGGAUGCAGAAAAGGGCAUUUUCAUGUCGAGAACGCUGGUCCGAAUGCUGUGA